GCGCGCAGUAGUAGCGACUUCCGGCCGUGGGCAGUUGGCUGUGGUGUCACGAGGAGAGGGGGGAACUCGCGGGAAAUAGGUAAUCAUGGUUCUCACUAGUUUGGAGAAGAUGAUUGGACUCCAGAAAAAGCCGUCCAGUAUCAGGAAUAUCUGUAUACUGGCUCAUGUGGACCACGGCAAAACCACUCUAGCUGACUGUCUGAUAUCUAGCAAUGGAAUAAUCUCCAAUCGAUUGGCAGGAAAGCUGAGAUAUCUAGACAGUAGAGAAGAUGAGCAGAUCCGAGGAAUUACUAUGAAAUCUAGUGCUAUAUCACUGCACUUUGAAAAAGGUGAUCAGGAGUAUCUCAUUAAUCUGAUAGACUCCCCAGGACAUGUGGAUUUCUCUUCAGAAGUAUCAACUGCUGUCCGACUCUGUGAUGGUUGUAUCAUAGUGCUGGAUGCUGUGGAAGGAGUCUGUCCACAGACUCAAGCAGUUCUGCGACAGGCAUGGCUAGAAAAUAUCCGUCCAGUCUUGGUGAUUAAUAAAAUUGAUCGUUUGAUAGUGGAGCUCAAGUUAACUCCUCAGGAAGCCUAUUCUCACCUUAAGAAUAUCUUAGAACAGGUUAAUGCAAUCACUGGAGCUCUUUUCACUUCUAAAGUCCUAGAAGAAAGAGCUGAGAAAGAAACAGAAACUCAAGGGAUUUCAGAUUCUGUACAUGGAGAUCAAGUUUAUGACUGGAGUGCUGGCUUGGAAGAUACUGAUGAUUCACAUCUUUAUUUCUCGCCAGACCAGGGGAAUGUGGUAUUUGCCAGUGCAAUUGAUGGCUGGGGCUUUGGCAUUGAGCAUUUUGCAAAACUGUAUAGCCAAAAGAUUGGGAUCAAACAUGCAGUACUUUUGAAGACCUUGUGGGGAGAUUAUUAUCUAAAUACAAAGGCAAAGAAGAUAAUGAAGGGUGACCAGUCAAAAGGAAAGAAACCUCUGUUUGUGCAAUUGGUGUUAGACAACAUCUGGAGUCUAUAUGAAGCUGUUCUGAAAAGAGACAAAGAGAAAAUAGAUAAAAUUGUCACCUCUUUGGGAUUGAAAAUUGGUGCACGUGAAUCACGUCAUGCGGAUCCUAAAGUUCAUCUCAAUGCCAUUUGCAGUCAGUGGUUACCCAUAUCCCAGGCAGUCCUCUCUAUGGUGUGUAGUAAACUCCCGAGUCCUCUUGAUAUUACUGCUGAGAGGGUAGAGAAGUUGAUGUGUGUUGGAGCUAGAACUUUUGAUUCGCUACCCCCAGAAACUCAAGAACUGAAAAAGAUGUUCAUGAAAUGCAGCAGUGAAGACACAGCCCCAGUUAUUGUCUUUGUUUCCAAAAUGUUUGCAAUUGAUGCUAAAACAUUACCGCGCAACAAACCAAGGCCUUUAACACAAGAAGUAAUUGCUCAAAGACGUGAGCUUGCAAGACAAAGACAUGCAGAAAAAUUGAUAGCCAGUCAAGGACAAGAGCUACCAGAACACGCCCUUUCUGGAAAUGAAUCUGAACGGACUGUGAAGACUUGUGAGACAAAAGGUGAUGAGCAGGAGCUCACUAGUCAAACAGAGAGCAUGACCCUAAAAACUGUGAAACAAGAAGCAGACAAGGAGUCUUUCAUUGCUUUUGCUAGAGUGUUCAGUGGUGUGGUGCGAAGAGGGCAAAAGAUCUUCGUUCUGGGACCAAAAUAUGAUCCUGCUGAAUCUUUGAACAAGUUACCGUCAGGUUGUUCUGCUGCAGAUGAUCUGCCAUCAAUACCUCACAUGGCUUGCUGUACAUUAGCGAAUCUCUAUUUGCUGAUGGGAAGAGGACUGGAGGAUCUAGAAGAAGUGCCUUCAGGCAAUGUUCUAGGAAUAGGAGGCUUGCAAGAGUUUGUACUGAAGUCAGCAACUUUAUCAACAUCACCAGCUUGCCCACCAUUUACACCUCUCAACUUUGAAGCUACCCCUAUUGUGCGAGUUGCUGUUGAACCAAAACAUCCAAGUGAGAUGCCUCAGUUGGUCAGAGGAAUGAAGCUUUUAAACCAAGCUGAUCCAUGUGUCCAAGUUUUAAUCCAGGAGACAGGAGAGCAUGUAUUAGUUACAGCAGGAGAAGUCCAUCUCCAGCGCUGCUUGGAUGACUUGAAAGAAAGGUUUGCAAAGAUACAAAUUAGUGUAUCAGAACCAAUUAUCCCAUUCAGGGAGACAAUAACAAGACCCCCAAAAGUUGACAUGGUGAAUGAGGAAAUAGGAAAACAGCAGAAAGUUGCAGUCAUACACCAGGCUAAAGAGGACCAGAAUAAAAUCCCUGAAGGAGUUCAGGUUGAUUCUGAUGGCCUCAUAACAAUGUCUACACCAAAUAAAUAUGCCACUCUCAGUGUAAGAGCCAUGCCACUUCCAGAAGAGGUAACUCAACUCCUUGAAGAAAACAGUGACUUAAUUCGUACUAUGGAGCAGUUCAACUCAUCUUUGAAUGAGGAUAAAAAAAUGCAUGAAAUUAAUCAGAAGAUCCUUGACAGGAUCCAGGAAUUUAAACAAAAAUUAGAGCAAAAUCUGCAAGGAAGAAAGUGGAGAAAUGCUGUUGAUCAGAUCUGGUCAUUUGGCCCACGAAAAUGUGGGCCUAAUAUUUUGUUAAGUAAAUUUGAAGGCUACAAAAAAACGGUGUGGCAGUGCCUUGAUAAGACUACUAAAGAAGUGAGUAAAUAUCGAGAUUUUGACAACAGCAUAGUAAGUGGGUUUCAGUUGGCUACGCUUUCAGGUCCCAUGUGUGAAGAACCUCUCAUGGGUGUCUGUUUUAUAGUGGAGAAAUGGGACAUGAGUAAAGCAGAAGAGCAAAUGUCAGCUAAUAGGCAGGAUUCUGAGGAAUUGGAUGCUACAGAACGGACAAAAAAUGAAGACCAAGUCACCUCUCUGUCAAGUAGUUAUCCCACUGAAUCAUCCAGCGAAAAUAAACUCCAAGAUGGCAGUCAAGGUAGUCCAAAUUCAUCUGAGAAAUCAAGUAAACGCAAGGGGGAAACUUUGCUUGCAGAUUGUUAUGGCCCUUUCUCUGGACAACUAAUUGCCACCAUGAAGGAAGCUUGUCGUUACUCAUUACAAGUGAAACCACAGAGACUUAUGGCAGCCAUGUACACGUGUGAAAUUAUGGCCACUGCAGAAGUUCUAGGUCGUGUAUACGCUGUCUUGUCCAAACGAGAAGGCCGAGUGUUACAAGAGGAGAUGAAAGAGGGGACUGACAUGUUUAUUAUUAAGGCCGUGCUGCCAGUAGCCGAAAGCUUUGGGUUUGCUGAUGAAAUCAGGAAGAGAACAAGUGGCCUGGCCAGUCCGCAGCUGGUGUUCAGCCACUGGGAGAUAAUUUCAGGCGACCCAUUCUGGGUACCAACUACUGAGGAGGAAUAUUUGCACUUUGGGGAAAAGGCAGACUCUGAGAACCAGGCCCGCAAAUACAUGAAUGCUGUGAGAAAGCGAAAAGGACUUUACAUAGAAGAAAAAAUCGUGGAGCAUGCUGAGAAGCAAAGAACUCUCAGUAGAAAUAAGUAACUCCCUCUACUUUCAGUUCUACACUAACUCAGCUAAGUGCAGGUGGAUUAUUUUCUGUACAGCAGAUUCAAAAUGCCAUCUUGGACUUGCUGUUUUACACAAGAUUUCUUAUAUGCUGUAAUUUGUCUGUGGCUUCAGUUUUAAUAAACGUGAGCCUUUCCAACCUUUUACAGAGAGACUACAGUUUGCGUAAUUUAUUUGAAUGAGGCGUAGCAAGAAAUUCAAUGGAAUUAUUCUCUCCAAUUUUAAGACUGUACCCCAGCUGCUGUCCUAGGAUUGCAAGUAAUUUGCUUAAACUUUCUUUCUAAUUUACCUGAUGUAAUCAAAACUAGACCUGGUCCGGUUAUUCAUUGCAAAUAAAUUAAGCAAUGAAUUUAGCUCUUUUCUUCUGUUCUUGACUGUGUUGCAAACUGAUCCUGAUUUCUCUUAAUGCGUUUAUUGUUCACAAGUAUUUGCCAUAACUACAAAUUUCAGCCAGUGUGAUGUUCAUGAACUGUUUACUCUGCACUAUUCAUGGUGUCUGAGUUGUCAUCUAAAUCAUAUGGCAUUCUUUCUGCUCCCAGAUUGGAUUAUUUAAACUCUUCCAAGAGGAGAGAGAGGAAUAGCAAAUAGGAAAGAGUGAAUACGCCUGUUAGCACGUGGAUACCCCUGUUACUCACUUGAAUACUAUUGUUUGUACAAAGAACAGCUAUUCACCAAAUAUUUGUGUCAACAAAACCUCAUUCAUAUACAUGUUUGCAAGUAGUCGUAGUUCACCAGCACUCUUUUUGCAGCUAAUCACAAAAAUAAAGUUGCACAGUUCAUUAGCCUGUUUUGCAGAUAACUUAAUAAAAAUUCUUAAGUUAUAUGUUCUGAAUAACCCAUGCUGACAGGGAAAACAAUUAUAAAGUAGGCUUUGUUUUUAAAAAACAAGGGUUUGUUUGAAGGGGGGAAAUAUUCAAAAUUAGAUGUUUCAGUUUUUAACUACUGUAACCAAUUGAACUUUGGGAUCAGUACAAGGUGACAGACUUGCCAAUGUCACCCGUUCUUAACGCCAAAAAUUAUAAACAAAUUUUGAGCUAAUGUGAAAGCGUGGAACUAAUAGCACUGGCUUGGUAGGGUUGUGUGAGCUUCCUCAUAGCUCUGCUCAAACACCUCAAACUUUACCGGUUACACCCUUGUUAUGAUGUGACUCUCAACUGUAAUUAUUACUAUUUAUUUAUUUGUAUUACGAUAUCAACUAGGAGCCUGUCAUGGAUUAGGAUUCCCUUGUGGUAGGCACUGUAUAAACACAUAGCAAAAAGAUGGUCCCUGGACCUACCUUGAACAACUGCUGUUUGUGCUGACCACUGAAUUCAUUGUAAUUUGUGAUUUAAUUUGGAUUUAGAUUCUGCUUUCUGGAGGUGAAAGGCUGGUGCAUUAAUGUACCACAUCACCUAGAGCUAAACAUGAUAAAUACUCUAUUAAUCUGAAAUUUCAGCUCUGUUGGAUUUACAAGCUGCUUCCGUUCCACAGCAAAAGAUUCCCACCACUGUUCAAAAGUCCUAAUAUUUUGUGACAGUGGCUACAUGAAACUCUGCUUUGUCUUAUUUUAUACUGUUCCCCAGCAUAGAUCCAUCAAAAAUCUCAAAUAAUUAAGGUUAGGCAGCUGGUCUCUCUGAACUAACUAUUAGCUUGAGCUGUGCACUCUCUCACUCAUUUAUACAUACUCACACUUACAAUAAAAGAAUUUCUGUCCACUCAGCCUUAGAGUAGAAAAUAUUUCAAACACAGUGAACCUUGAAUCCAGUGAAGGUGACUCUCUUUAAGAAAGUAUACAAGAUGUUUUGCUAUUUGAUUCAGGCAUCUGUGUGGUAGUCAGAAGGCUCUAAUAUGGGUCAGAACUAAAUUAACAUGAAAAGAAAUUCUUCAGUGACUGUAACUUGCUGUUGAAUGAAAUAGAAAGCUGAAAAGAGGAGGGAAAACAUACUACAUAAGGUAUCCGCUCAUUUAAUUGUUAAGUGUUUAGAACUCUGCAGCCAAGGGGAGAUGAGUAUUGUGUAUUCAGGAGGAUUUAAGGCUAAAUAAUCCAGAUAAGUAUCCUCGGAAGGCUGUUGAUAUUUCAUAAAGCUGAAGGGGGAUAAGUUCUUUAGAGUCUUCUGCCAACUAUUUUUAGAACCUUACUGCAAAUAGUGAAGAGGGUGGUAUGUAUCAGUUUCAAACAACCAUAAAGCCAUAGUUGUCAAGGUUAUUUUCUUCCCAGAGUAUUUCCACAUUUUUAAUACGCUACUACCGGGCACUAUUCCUUUAGCACCUACCUGGCAUUUCCAUGUAUAAAUUCUGAGUGGCAAUUAGAGAAAGUAGUCAGAAGUAAUUUAUAUGGCCAGUGCUCCCUAAGGUAAAGGCAACUGUUACUUGUGGCACAAGUGUAUCAUUGAUGUAAUGUUUAACUUUUACUGAAAUAGUGACCGUUUUUCUUAUCCAACCUCUUUGCUUUCAUUAUAGAAAUAUGUUUCACCUUAAGAUUUGAUUGAAACCUAAUUCAAGCAGAUGAAACAUUACUCUCUCUAGAAGGUUGAUCCAUAAAUUAUUUGUCUUCUGAGCAGUGCCUACAUGAGAUGCAUGGGUAAAACCUCUCAUUUUGCCCACGUUCAGCAACUCGUCAGGGGUGAUUCUAGAAUAUUUCAAUGGUUUUGAGCUAUUCAACUUGAAUAACCAGGGAGAGGCUGUUUAAAUAUUUUAUUUUGCCGUAAUUUUCAUAUUUUGCCAUGGUCUGUCUUCAAGUGCAUCAAAAAAUAGUAGUAUGAGAGUAAUGUAAGAUGCUGCUAUACUGCAUGUUUGUAAAUGAUCAUGUAAUGAAUAAAGUUGAGUAACUUUCUUGGA